CGCAGUGAUAUCAUUCUGCCACGCUGCCCACUCCCCGCCGUCUUCCUCCCUCCCAUGCCGCCCCCUCGCUUUGCCAUUUUAAUCGGGCCUCCGUGUUUCUUUCUCCCCCGCCUCCCGCUCUCUCUCGCCCCCCGCCCAAGGUUUGCCUGUAGGUACCUGAGCUGACCCCGACGGCGCCUAAAGAUGCUGAGCGGCGUCUGGUUCCUCAGCGUGUUAACCGUGGCCGGGAUCUUAGAGACAGAGAGUCGCAAAACUGCCAAAGACAUUUGCAAGAUCCGCUGCCUGUGCGAAGAGAAGGAGAACGUCCUGAAUAUUAACUGCGAAAACAAAGGAUUUACAACGGUCAGCCUGCUCCAGCCCCCCCAGUACCGAAUCUAUCAGCUCUUUCUCAAUGGCAAUCUCCUGACCAGACUGUACCCCAACGAGUUUGUCAACUACUCCAACGCGGUGACUCUCCACCUGGGCAACAACGGGCUGCAGGAGAUUCGCACCGGGGCGUUCAGCGGGCUGAAGACCCUGAAGAGGCUGCACCUCAACAACAACAAGCUCGAGGUGCUGAGGGAGGACACCUUCCUGGGCCUAGAGAGCCUGGAGUACCUGCAGGCCGACUACAAUUACAUCAGCGCCAUCGAGGCGGGGGCCUUCAGCAAGCUGAACAAGCUCAAAGUGCUCAUCCUGAACGACAACCUCCUGCUGUCGCUGCCCAGCAAUGUGUUCCGCUUUGUCCUGCUGACCCAUCUAGACCUGCGCGGGAACCGGCUGAAACUGAUGCCUUUUGCAGGAGUCCUCGAGCACAUUGGGGGCAUCAUGGAGAUCCAGCUGGAGGAGAACCCCUGGAACUGCACAUGCGACUUACUUCCGCUCAAGGCUUGGCUGGACACCAUCACCGUUUUCGUGGGGGAGAUUGUCUGUGAAACCCCCUUCCGCUUGCACGGCAAAGAUGUCACCCAGCUGACCAGGCAAGACCUCUGCCCCAGAAAAAGUACCGGCGACUCGGCUCAGAGGGGCAGCCACGCCGACACACACAUCCCGAGGCUGUCACCUACCCUGAAUCCUGCUCUCAACCCGACCCGGGCUCCAAAAGCCAGCCGGCCACCCAAAAUGAGAAACCGUCCCACCCCCCGGGUCACAGUGUCGAAGGACAGGCAGAGCUUUGGCCCCAUCAUGGUGUACCAGACCAAGUCCCCGGUGCCCCUCACCUGCCCCAGCAGCUGCGUCUGCACCUCUCAGAGCUCCGACAAUGGGCUGAACGUCAACUGCCAAGAACGGAAGUUCACCAACAUCUCCGACCUGCAGCCCAAACCCACCAGUCCAAAGAAACUCUACCUGACAGGGAACUAUCUUCAAACGGUCUAUAAGAACGACCUCUUAGAAUACAGUUCUUUGGAUCUGCUGCAUCUAGGCAACAAUAGGAUUGCAGUCAUUCAGGAAGGUGCCUUCACAAACCUGACCAGUUUACGCAGACUUUAUCUAAACGGCAAUUACCUUGAAGUGCUGUUUCCAGCUAUGUUUGAUGGGCUGCAGAGCUUGCAGUAUCUCUAUUUAGAGUAUAAUGUCAUUAAGGAAAUUAAGCCGCUGACCUUUGAUGCUUUGAUUAACCUACAGCUGCUGUUUCUGAAUAACAACCUGCUGCGGUCCCUGCCUGAUAACAUAUUUGGGGGCACGGCCCUCACCAGGCUGAAUCUGAGAAACAACCAUUUUUCUCACCUGCCAGUGAAAGGAGUUCUAGAUCAGCUUCCCGCUUUUAUCCAGAUUGAUCUCCAAGAGAAUCCCUGGGACUGCACCUGUGACAUUAUGGGACUGAAGGACUGGACAGAGCAUGCCAAUUCCCCUGUCAUCAUCAACGAGGUGACCUGUGAAUCUCCCGCGAAACACGCCGGGGAGAUCCUGAAGUUUCUGGGGAGGGAGGCGAUCUGUCCAGACGGUCCGAACUUGUCAGAUGGAACCGUUUUGUCAAUGAAUCACAACACAGACACACCUCGCUCACUCAGUGUGUCUCCCAGUUCUUACCCUGAACUGCACACGGAAGUUCCACUUUCCGUCCUAAUUUUAGGAUUGCUGGUUGUCUUUAUCUUAUCUGUCUGUUUUGGCGCUGGCUUAUUUGUCUUUGUCCUGAAACGCCGGAAGGGGGUGCCCAGUGUUCCUAGGAGUGCCAACAACUUAGAUGUAAGUUCCUUCCAGUUACAGUACGGCUCUUACAACACCGAGACCCAGGAUAAAGCAGACGGCCACGUCUAUAACUACAUCCCUCCACCUGUGGGCCAGAUGUGCCAAAACCCCAUCUACAUGCAGAAGGAAGGAGACCCGGUGGCCUAUUACCGAAACCUCCAAGAAUUCAGUUACAGCAACCUGGAGGAGAAGAAAGAAGAGCCAGCCACGCUUGCUUACACUAUCAGUGCCACGGAGCUGCUGGAAAAGCAGGCCCCGAGAGAGCCCGAGCUGCUGUAUCAGAAUAUCGCUGAGCGGGUCAAGGAGCUGCCCAGUGCGGGACUCAUCCACUAUAACUUUUGUACCUUACCUAAAAGGCAGUUCACCCCUUCCUAUGAAUCUCGACGCCAAAACCAAGACAGAAUCAAUAAAACCGUUUUAUAUGGAACUCCCAGGAAAUGCUUUGUGGGGCAGUCCAAAGCAGACCACCCUUUACUGCAAGCUAAGCCGCAAUCAGAACCAGACUACCUCGAAGUUCUGGAAAAACAAACUGCAAUCAGUCAGCUGUGAAGGGAAAUCAUUGACAACCCUCUGGCAUCAAAGGAUGCUGCUCCAAACUCUUGGAAGCUGGGCAUUUGCUUUAGUGUGUGUCUGUUCUCCCUUUCUCAGCCUCAGUGGGGGACUUUGAAGAUGUUUGGGGGAUGGGGUGAAGCAAUGAUACUGCUUUUUCAAGUUUUCCUUUAAAUUAUUUCUCUCUUGCUCUCCUCUCUCUCCCACCUCCCCCCCCUCCUCUUCUUUCCUUAGGAAUCAUUGAACAUGAAUGUUUCUACAAUGCAAUUUUUCAUAUACUUUGUUUAUGGCUGUGUUUCCUUUUUCUUCUUUUAUUUUUCCAGUGUGGGAAUGGGAAGAGGAGAUUAUAGUGAAUGAAGAAACAGUAAGCAAACUUUUCAAAUGAAAAUGGAUAUUUAGUGUAUUUUGUAGAAGAUCUCCAAAGAUCUUUUGAGACUAUAAAUUCUUUUGUAAAUAAUGAUAUAUGGUAUUUCGGACUUCAGUUACCAAGCAUAGCCACUGGGCAUCACUUCUUCAUGUUAAAGUGCCUUUGCACUUUAAGUACAUUACUUAAAUGUUGCUUUUAGCUUUGAUAAAUUGAACAUAUUUUAAUGUGUUGUAUUUUUGAAAUUAAAAACACUGUAAAAUAGAUUGAAAUGUCAGCUAUAUUAAGUCAACGUACAGUUUGCUUGAGUUAUAGAAACCAGCUUGUCAUCAAAUGAUUCUAGUUCUAGGACUUUAUAGAUUUAACUGAAAAUGUUUCCUUUCCUUUGGGUUUGUUCUAAAUGAUUUUAUUUAAGUCAACUAAGGGGAUUUAACAGUGGACUAGAGGUAAUAAACCACCUCAGUUGGGAUUAGUAAUUCAUUAAUAAAAUAUAUUUAACCCAAUAUCAGAGUGAAUUGAACAAUUAAUGCCCUUCCGUAAAUCAUUAUUUUACACUAACAUGGUCAGUGUUUUAGAUUAUUUUCCUAAUUAAAGAGUACAUUACACAACUUGUAAUAUAUUUUUCCUGCAUUAAAUUAGAUAUUUUUAUAUUUAAAUGAAAGUCUGUAUUUCUAACUUUUUAAUUGAAAUUAAUAUUUUUUCUGCCUAUUGAAACAUUUUCUAUAUACACACACCAGUAGAGGCCGCCACACACCUCAUUUAAUAAAGACAUACAGCCAUUAAAUACCUUGAAGGAAGACUUCAAAGAGAAAGCAGCGUUUACCUCUUGAGUUUAUGGAAGCGUUAACAGGGAGCUAUCAAAUGAUGUACCCUGUGCGUCUCCAACGCAAUUAAUAAAUGCCUAAAUGGAGAAAAUAGGCAUCUUUUCUUCCCCUGCCGCCUUCAGGCGAGUAUUGCUUGAAUUUUUCCUUGGCUUGAGCAAGCUUUUUGUUUUGGUGUUAGAAUUAAAAUGAUUUGAACUAACCAAGUCUACAUAACAUUUAUGAAGCCUUAUUAGCCUGUACAUAAUUUUUAGAUGCAAAUAUUAUUGUGUGAUUUAAACAAACAGCCCUUCUUUACAACAAAAAAUAGUUUUGUUUUGUCUAUUGUAAAUCCUUAUGCAACUGGGGUGGUGAUCUGCAUAUAAAGUAGUCGAGCUUUUCAGUUCCUUAUUAAAGCAAUUGAUGGCAUCUGAAAGAAGCACACUGUUUCCUUUUCAUAAAUAGGUUACUGCACAUAAUAAUCCUUUAUUAUCAUGUGGAGAUUGAAGUGGAUCCUGAUGACUUACUUUUAAAGCUUUAAAAUGACUAACAGUUUAUUGUCUGCCACUAUAAACAAUUCAUAUGAUAGGCUUUCAAUUAGAAAUUACUUAAAUCCAAAUUAUUUGGAUUAAUAACUACUGGUGCAAAAUCAUUUUUUUAACAAUAGAAGGUAAUUGUGUAUAUAUAAAUGUAAAGGACAUUCAGGAAAAUAAAUGCCUUUAAUACCCUAAAAUCUCCGAACAUCUACAGUGACAAGCUUACAUGUUCAUUCUUUGGAGAUCAUAAUUCUUAUUUAAAUCCAUUAGAUUGAAGUUUAAAAUGGUGGGCUGAAAUGAUCUACAGGAAGGUUAAUGUCCAGAGAUUUUACAUUUCAUAGAAGAGGAGCAAGAGUGAUCUGCCAGUUGAACUUGGAUAUAGCUUCCGGAAACCAUCUCCUCUUAUAUACAUAAGAAUUACAAGGAGUCUGUCGUGUCUGCUCUCAUUUGGUGCAGUGAUAAACAUAGAACACUGAGGUAGGUAUUUGAGGGAAUUAUUAUGAAGGCACAUUAACAUCCAUCUUCUAUUAAGAGUUUUUUGGUUUAAACUCUAUGCCUAGAACCACUGCUGUGGUGAUUCCACUUCAAUGUUCGUAUUCUCCUGAAAAUAAAGUCAUUUCUGUAAAAUUCUAGUCUCCAUAGAAAAACUAAUUCAUUCAUUUUAAGCAGAGAUAGCUUACUAUUCAUUUAGUUACAUGAUUUUAAAGUGGCCUCCUGGAAGAACUCAGAUUCAUAAACUCUUUUGCUUAAUAACUAUGGUUUAAUUUUAAAUUCUCAUGCUUCUUAGAUGUGUACUUUAUUUUGUGUUAGGUUUUAAGAUGAAAUCGUUUGAAUGUGGUCCAGACUAUUUCAUUUAAAGGCAUAAAACACCAUAUACUGUGAAGCUUUAUUUUUUAAUGCAGUCACAAACACUUUAUGUUUUUUUAACUUAUUAGCAUCCCCACUGAUUGUAUUGUUUUGCUUUAUCCACUCAAGUGCUUUAAAACAUAUUUUAUUUUAGGAUUUUUAUGUUUAUCUCCUACAGCUGGAUUUUGCUAUUUCACUUUUAUUUCACAUGCAGCUUGUAAUGGGUAUGAGCACAAGCACAGCGAAAUGGUUCCAGCCAGCAGAAUGCGAUCUCCCCUGGCCCUGCCUGAAACAGAUCUGUAUAUCUGGCAAAUGGUAAUUCCCUCUGAUUCUAGCUCUUAAUUAGUUGCUUCUGCUGUUUCUGUAUAUACCUGUGUCUAAGGUUGUAUCAAAACACUCAAAAGCACCACUUCUCAGUCUGGACACAAUUGCCAAAAGUCUAAUUUGGUUCUGGACUUUGGUCAGCCUGUGUGCCUUGUUAACUUCCCUCCAGCAGUUGGUGAGUAAGGAAAUGACCCUUCAGUUUCCUCUGCUUUAUCCUCUGGCCUCUAAGGUGAUUUAAUUUGUCUAAAUAUUUUCAUUUCAUCAAGGGCUCAAUAUUCUAUGGAUUUUACAAAAAGUGUCUAAUGAAAAAGAGGGACAUUCUGUGAUUUCUCAGACUCUAGAAAUUCAUUAUGGCUGUACACAUUCCAGAAAGCUAGACUGAAGGAAUCCUUCUACACAAUUCUAAUCCAUUUCUUCAUUCAUUCACUAAGUAAUUGAGUGCUUGCUUCCUAGGGGCCAGGCUCUGUGCUGUGUGCUAAGGGGGUGCAGAGAUACAGUAGUCAGGAUCUCUGCCCACCCCCUCACCCCCACACCCUGCAGAGAGCUUAGUACUAAAAAAGGAGAACUUUAUCUGAAUGACCAUCACCUGAAAAAACAGUGGGGACAGCAGUGAAAUGCAGGAAGUUGAGUUUUUGAAGAUAAUUCUGUACAGUGAAGUAUAACACUGAUACAUCAUGGGCUAGCUACUGUGUAACCACCAUUAACAUCUUUUGAGAGUUACACAGCUAAACAGGGAGAACACCCACAAAAGUAAAAACAAGUUUCUGCAGAAUAGGGCCCAAUAUUAUGGCCUGAAAAUAGCUAUAUACUUCUGCUAUCUAAAGAUGUACAUUGUAAAGAUGAAUCCCCAAAUUGUAAAAACAAAAAAUCACAAACAUAAUUUUGGAAUAUCCAUGUUUUAGAGGCAGUAUUGACUUUCUAUUUCAGUGGCUUAAAAUAUAAAUUUUGGCUUAAGUGUCUUUUACAAAGACAAUAAGACACCUAAAUCCUGAGAGAAAAGUAAGUACUGUAUAUAGGUGUACUUUGCUUCCCACAAUGGUUGUGCAAAAAGUCACAUAUAAAUUGAAGUUUUGUAAGUUAAAUUGUAUUUUAAAAGCAUCAGGAGAGCUGCCAUUUAGAGGAAACUUGUGAAUUAAUCCUUUUAUAAAUCAGAAAACCAUUUUAUAACACAAAUAAUCUGUCUAAUUUAUCUUCUUUGUAUGUUUGGAGUUUCAAUAUCAACUUUGCUUAACACACAGCCCACCUGCAUAAUAAGAGUGUGUUUUGCCAGUGCUGCUUGUGCUACCAGUUACUUGGUUGCUAAGGGCUUAUACUUGAAAAUCCACUGCAGUUUUGUGUGACUGGAGCUAUGAAGCAAUUUUCUGAGGGCGCAGUAGCAUUCCUGAACAGUCCGAGUAGCCAACCCAUUUCAACUCCAUUGACCACAGGACUCUUCUGCUCCGCAGCAUCUUCUCUGUGAGACGUGGCCAUGAUUCAUUAGAUGGUAGAGUGACUCCUGUAUUCACAUCCUAUAAAGUGCUUAGAGUCACAGGUUUUAUAAUAAAUAUAUGUGAUCAUGUAAACAUAUUAAACUGCAUGUGUGUUGGAAUUUUUUAGCAGUAUUUUAGCUUGAAAGUACUUGUACAAAUACUGUUAGAUUUAGUUGCAAAUAAUUGUUCUCAAGUUACUGGAAUAAAUGGAAAAUGAAAUGCA